ACACGCUGUUGAAGUUGCAGAGGAAGAGGAGUGAGUGUCUACACAAAGCUGUCAGCUGUCUGCACUUGGAGCCUCGCGCGUCUUCUACUACUCUUCUCUCACGCGCUCGCACGCUUAAACUCGUGAAAGUCUGCGGAGUCUCCUCGGCAUGGAGACGCAACUUCACUGACGGAUGGUUGGAUUUUCCCUGCAAUUUCUUUUUACCGAAAAAUGGAGAGUUGACAGCUAGAGAGGAACCUGACUAACAGCAGUGUGACGGGAUAAAGAGGAUAAAGCUCUCUUCACAGAGGCAGGGCUUUCCAUUAUCUUUUAAGAACUCUUCGUUCCUACUUCAGGAUCAGCUGACGGGGGAUAGGUGUCAUGGCUGCGUAUGGACAGACUCAGUACAGCCCCACCCUGCAGCCAGCGGGGCCAUACACACCCUAUACUCACCACACUCAGGGCUACAGCAUGCCAUCGUACAACAUAAAAACAGAAGACGGCCUGAGUCACUCUCCCGGACAGACUGGACUACUGGGCUACUCAAACUUCAGCAGCACUCCUCCCAGUCAGAGUCUCUACAGCUACUCACACACACACAGUGGUGGAAUUUCAUCCGGAAUUUUUCAGGGCACACAUGCAAUCUCCAGUUCAACGCCAUUCAACCCUACCCAACAAGAGUUUUCAGCAUACUCGAGCUACAGUCAGAGCCAGUACUCCCCGUAUUACAACUCACAUCACUACAACAGCCCCUAUAUAACAGGCAGCAACAUCAGCCCUGCAGCCAUCACUGCUCCGUUAGCCUAUCAGCAUGCAGAACACUCCGUCAUGCUGCCAAAUCACAGCCCAGAAUCGCACACAGGAGAGUACCACCCGCCGCCCAGUCCCCCAACCCCAGGUAAAGAGGAGGGGGUCCCGGCACGGAGGGGUUCAGAUGGGAAGCUGAGGGGGAGAAAAAGAGUCAGUGACCCUGCUCCACCUCUGGACUCUGAUAUAGAGCGUGUGUUUAUCUGGGACCUGGAUGAAACCAUCAUCAUUUUCCAUUCGCUCCUCACGGGAACCUUCUCCUCACGAUUUGGCAAGGACUCCUCUAAAGCAGUGUCUCUUGGUUUGUGGAUGGAGGAGAUGAUCUUUAAUUUGGCCGACUCUAGACUCUUCUUCAAUGACCUGGAGGAAUGUGACCAGGUUCAUAUUGAUGACGUGGCAUCAGACGACAACGGGCAGGACCUGAGCACUUACAACUUCGGCUCGGACGGCUUCCAGAGCCCAGCGGGGGCAGGCUCUCUGUGCCUGGGGUCGGGGGUCCAUGGAGGGGUGGACUGGAUGAGGAAACUGGCUUUUAGAUAUCGCAGAGUCAAGGAGAUCUACAACACGUACAAGAAUAAUGUUGGAGGUUUACUGGGCAGCCCAAAGAGAGAGGAGUGGUUACAGCUGAGGAGGGAGAUGGAGGUGCUGACUGACCUGUGGCUCACUCAGGCACUUAAAGCUCUGGCUCUCAUCAACUCCAGGCCGAACUGCGUGAACGUGUUGGUAACCACCACACAGCUCAUCCCUGCACUGUCCAAAGUGUUACUGUACGGUCUGGGCUCAGCGUUCCCCAUAGAGAACAUUUACAGCGCCACAAAGACAGGCAAGGAGAGCUGUUUUGAGCGAGUCUCUCAGCGGUUUGGUCGGAGAGCAGUGUAUGUGGUGAUAGGAGACGGAGCAGAAGAAGAGGCUGUGGCCAAGAAGAAGAACAUGCCGUUCUGGAGAGUUUCCUGUCGGGCCGAUCUGGAGGCUUUGAGCCAUGCACUGGAGCUGGAUUACCUCUAGAGGGCGCCAGCUGUCUCCUUUUGCUCUUCCAACCCAGAAACGCGAGAAGCUUCUGAACUCAUGAGUGCAGCUCUUAGACGAGUGUGCACCAGAAGAGACUGAUUCAGAGCCAGAAUUGCUUCUUCUUUUUUUAAAGAGGUUUGGUGAUUUCUUAUGAGCACCCAGGUGGAUAUUUUGACGCUAAAAGCCAAAAGAACUGAGAGGAUUUCAAAGCAAGGCUGCAUUCAGGACGCGGAAACAUGGAGCCAAAAGGACCGAAAUAAGAGACCAAAGUCACACAAAGGACCAAAACUUCACAACUAACUCCAAGGAACUAUGGCUUUUACUGUUUAUUUUUAAAAUGAAUUUCUGCUUUUAAAUUCAGUCCACCUCAUCUUUUUGAAAUGCGUUCCACUUUUUAUGCAAGAGAAGUGAUGCACUGAUUUGUCUAUUGAACACAGAGAGUGCUUGAUCUGCAUGAAUGGACAAACUCAAAUUGUUGUUUGAUUGUUCUGCCUUGUUUAUUUUGAUAUUUUAUGAGACUUAAAUCAUAUUCCACUCAGAGAUUAGUAUGUUAAAGAAUUAAUUAGAAGCAAGAUUUUAAGAAAUGCUGUUACGUGUAAUAGAUCAGUUAGAUUAAUCUCGAGACAAAUGCCAGAUAACUUUCUCCUUUUUAAAAUAGUCUGAUGUUCUUCACCAUGAAAAUGUGAUCUAUUUAUUAUCAGUUUAAUUCACAGCACCAAACACAGUUUAAAAGCUCCCUGCAUUAAAAAAAAAAAAUAAUAAUCUCUUUUAAAAGACUGAAAGUAUGUUCUUGUAAGAAUGCUUCAAUCAAAGCUUGUGUCGAUGAUGGUUUGUUACAGGCUGGAGCUCGAAUCCUUCCUUUAGAUUCCUGUUUGUAAAUGUUGUCAUGUUUCCACAUCUCCUUCUGUCCCUCCUUAAUUUCUCUAAUAACCUGUAAAAUAGAUGAACUGGUCGUGCAUGUGCCCGAUCACACUGCCUGUCGGCUCAGCUUUGAUUUGUAUAUAAUGCUUUAUUGUCCCUUUGUUUUGACAGACAGUUAAGAUAGAUUAAUAAAGA